AUGGAGGAGGAGAAUGAGGAGAAGAAGUUGGCGAAGGCUGUGCCAAAGGUGCUUACACAUGGGCAGCAGAUACGUCGGCAAGAGCUCCUGGCGCAGAAUGACAGUUUCGCGGCGCUGUUCCACGUAGCUAAAGUUGCUGUGAUUGCUGCUGUCACUUUAACUCUUAAUGUCACUCAAGUCUUCCUGUCGCUUGAGCCUUAAGUGUCCCUUAGGUCUUCCUGUCGACUCCAUUAAGUCUGCUGAAACACAGCAUAGCAAGAAACAAAAGCUAUAGCUUAUUGGAUGUGUUGGCCUUAGCCCUUGUCGUUUUGGAUCAUAUUUGAUCCCUUUGGCGAAUUCCCUCAAGCCCGUAAUCGCCGUAAGCAUACGGCGCCGGAAGUGAGCUUUUCAUGGUUAUGAGAAUACAGAAGCGUCCCAUUCUCGUUGUGGCGUAUAUCCUACAUGAGCUCGUGUUAAUCCCACAGCCUCCUCAUAAAUUUGGGCAGCUUUGAUUUUUUUUUUGCGGUGUCAAAAGUCUAAAUACUACCGCCAGCUG